GUCCCAGACAGUCAAAGUCAAAGUCAAGUCAGUCAUUUUGGAGGGAAUUUAACCGUCUGUUUGCGUUCCGUGUCCCUUUAAACUUGUUUACAUUUAAUAAUUAUAUUGUUUUUAAGAUGGCUCAGCCUUCGAUCGCGUGUUAUUUCAACAAUCGAAAGCGUGCUGCGUUAGACGAUGUAAAUAUUAAGCAGGCAAGAAAGGUUUUAGUACUAGAUCGUAGCGAUAUUCCCACACCUUUAAAAGAAGGGUUAGAAACAGAACAAGGCAUUAUUUUUGCACAGGUUUCCAAGAACUUGGUGAAGAUCGAAGAUGAAUCGACCAGUGAUAAAGUUGAUACACUGCAAGAGAACGAGGAUAAAAAGCUGGAAAGUAAGAUAAUUUCGCUGCCAAAUACGCACGUGCAGGAUUCCCCGAAAAAAGUGAUUAAGGCCAUUCGCAGCAAGAAAAUCAAGCAAAUUGGAAACAACACCGGCAUUCAAGAGCUGCUUACUAAAAUGAAAGAUUCAGAAACCAGCGAGCAAAUUGAAGAAGAGAUGGAAAAGACUCCUCCUAGUACCCCAACGAAAAGACCCAAUGCCAUGGACAAAGUAAGCGGCGAUGGGCCCUCAAUUAAGGAAAUAAGAAGCAAGUUGAGUCGAAGCUCACGGCUGUCCAAGCUCAAGACUACAUUGGCGAGAUUCGAGGAACAGGACAAAAAAUUGACUACAAUCGAACAGACAACAUCCCAGAUUGAAUCGCCCAAGUUGAAGAGCUUCAAGACCAUUGAACUAGAAGUAGCCACUAGCCCGAAGAAGGUAUUUUCACCAGAAAAGGCCUAUUUGAGCCCCAGAAAAGAAACUGAUGGAGUGCGCAAAAACUUGCUGCAUUUACUAAGCCCGACGAAAAAUGCUCUACCGGCCUUAAGCGCCAGCCCAUGCAAAGAGCUUUUCACUCAAACUGUCAAACCCGCUCUAACUUUGCCGUUUAAAUACAGAUUUUUGGCUGAAAUAUUCCGAGCUGUAGACACAGUAAUGCAAAUCAUGUACAAUCGGAACGAAACCAUAACUUUCCAGAAAUUGAAAUCGGCCGUUGAGAAGAUGCUAAAGAGGAACUUAACCGAGCAGCAUUUGGCACAGAUCAAAGCGAUUUUUCCGCAAUCGUUCAGUUUUAAACAGCAAAAGCUGAAGACAUUUGGAGGUGGAGUUCGGGCGGAGCAAUGGGAGCUGGUCGUAACGCCCAUAGUGGAGAAUAGCGAGAAAAUGACUCCAGAGGUUUUGUUGGAGAGGAGAAGGAUGCUGUUCAAUACAUUAUUGGAUAAAGUCAAGGAUUAUCAUCACGAGUUUCUUUCCAAUCUGGAUACUCCGAUCGAAAUACCAAAGAACAAGAUCACUCGUUGGCAUCCACACUUUAAUUUAGAAAAGGUGCCAGACAUUGAGGAAGUCCAACUUCCCCAACCUCCAGAAGACGACAAAGUGAAAACUGCCAAAGACUUCUUGGAAAGGGCACGUGUUCUUUUCAGUUGCAACACUCGUAUGGAGCAGGCUCUUUUAAAACUCCAUCAAGCCAAAGAGAAUCAGACUCACGCUGAGGCACAAGCUGCACAAGCGGUGGAGGAAACUGAGCGAAAAAUGCCUGAAUCAGCAUUGAAAGGUAUUCCUAAAGCGGUCCUAGAAAGAGUGCGCCAAAAGCAAGCUGCAAAGGCUUUAGUUUCCAUGACAAGAUCAGUGCAUAAAGAAAAGGAAGUUCAGAUGUACUCCAGACUGCCUGUGCUAGCAAAAUUGACCAGAAAUAUCUUUGUUUCGGAAAAGAAAAGCGUCUUACCAUUGGACACGCUUGUGGAUAAGCUCGGUAUUAGUUACAGGGGCAAUCUGAGUAGAUGUGAGAUGGAGGAUCACUUGAGGAUCCUGGCAAACGAUCUGCCCAGUUGGUUGGUUUUCAAUAACAUUCGAAACUGUGUUUAUUUGAGACUGGACAAGAACGCCGACCUGAGUUUAGUGAUCGCUAAACUGGAAGCCCUUUGUCUUCAAAAGAGUAGCUCUUAAUUAUUUUGGCUUUCAAGGUUUAAUUAUUUUCAAUUAUCUUGUGAUUUUUAAGGUCGAUUAUUUAGCCCGAAUAUUAGUUUUUUAUUUGAACAAGCAUAAUUAAAUGUGUUUUAUUGUCCUCAAGCAAGGGUGGCUUGGGUAAAUCGACUAACCAACCAUAAGUUGUCGGUGGCGUUCAACACAUCCUGUAUUUAUUUUCCGUAAUAAUGUUUUAUUUCAACGCGCUAUUUGCGUUGAAAUAGAAAAAGUAGUGGUGAAUGGGUUUUUUAAUCAAUGUCUUUUUGGAGUUAUUUGAGGACUUAAGUCAAAAAUAAAUGGAAGUUAUGCAAUCAAGGUUGCAAUUUGAACUGUACCAAUAAUGUUUAUGUAAUAUAUUUUCUUAUUUUUCACGGCAAAGUGUAAAAAUGUAUAGAAAUAGGAUUUUUGACUGAUUUGUUUCCAAAGGAAGUAGCUACCUACAUACGUAUUCGCUUAUUUAAUAUAUGUUGAUAUGGGCCUUAUAGUUUAAUGUUUGUUCAUAAUAUGUUGCAGAAGGUUAAAGUACACGCUGGGAAUUUG